UGCGGGGACGGAGCGGGGCGGGCGGGUGUUGGUUGGUCCCGCUCCCCGCGGUGCCGGCAGUGGGCGCGGCCAUCGCCGCCGCCUCUUCCUCUCAGCUCGGCCGCCGCCAUGAGUAUGCUCCGGCUCCAGAAGAGGUUGGCGUCCAGCGUGUUGCGCUGCGGGAAGAAAAAGGUGUGGUUGGAUCCCAACGAGACCAACGAGAUCGCCAAUGCCAAUUCCCGUCAGCAGAUCAGGAAAUUAAUCAAGGAUGGGCUGAUCAUCCGCAAACCUGUGACCGUGCAUUCCCGUGCCCGGUGCAGGAAGAACACCCUGGCCCGGAGGAAGGGGAGGCACAUGGGCAUUGGUAAGAGAAAGGGCACAGCAAACGCUCGGAUGCCCGAGAAGGUGACCUGGAUGAGGAGGAUGCGGAUCCUCCGGCGCCUGCUCCGCAGAUACAGGGAAUCCAAGAAAAUCGACCGCCACAUGUAUCACAGUCUGUACCUGAAGGUGAAGGGGAACGUUUUCAAGAACAAACGGAUCCUCAUGGAACACAUCCACAAGCUGAAGGCAGACAAAGCUCGCAAGAAGCUCCUGGCGGAUCAGGCUGAAGCUCGCAGGUCCAAGACCAAGGAGGCUCGGAAACGCCGGGAGGAACGGCUGCAAGCCAAGAAGGAGGAGAUCAUCAAAACCCUCUCCAAGGAGGAAGAGACCAAGAAGUAAAAGCUCCCUGGCUUGUGUACAGAGUGUGUGCCCUUCAGGAGUGGUCAAUAAAAACCUUCAGGACCCCUCCCA